AUGAAGCUGCUGAGCUGGAAUCGUCAGGGGUUGGGGAAUCCCUUGACAGUUCGACUCUUAACAUCUCUUUACAAAGAUUAUUCUCCAGAUAUAAUAUUUUUUGAUGGAAACCAAGAACCCUCGUAUGCGAGUACAAAAGCUGGUUCAUCUUCUGACGUUUCCACAUCAGCUGUUUUUUAUCCUCAAGGAAUUUCUGGUGGCUUUUUGCUUCUUUGGACAGAUGCUAUGGAUGUACAUAUUCAGUCUAUAGGCUCUUUUUUUGUCAUCUGUUCUGUACAUAUGCCUGAUGGCUUCUCUUUUGAUGUAAUUUUAUGUCAUUUUAAUCCUUGUCUUCCUUACAUAAUUAUGCAAUUUAAUGUGAUCAAACAACUUGCACUGUAUCUUUUGCCUAAUUUUGUAAUACUUGGGGAUUUUAAUGACAUAAUAGCUCCUAUUGAGAAAAUGGGAGGUCUUGCUUAUGAUUAUGUCUCACAUCCUCCAUUUCUUUCUUAUAUUAAGGACCUACAACUCUUUGAUUUGAGUUAUUUGGGUACCAGAUAUACUUGGUCUAAUCAUCGCCAAUGGCCAAAUCAUAUACAGAAGCGAUUGGACCGUGGUUUUGGCUCCCCAACUUGGAUCCAUCAUUUUCAAGGCACCAGUAUUCUUCGUCUUCUAGCCAUUGCAUCUGACCAUCAUCCAAUACUGCUUCAAACACAUAGUUUCCCAAUUGUGAGAUCAUCUCAGUUCAUUUUUUUUAUCAACGUUGGGCUAAAUCUUCAGAGUAUUUUUACUCGUUUAAAAUGCAUUCGCCAUAAUCUAGUCAAUUGGAGAAAGCAUAACCAGCUGAAUUCAUCCAAAGUUAUUACCGAUCUAACCCACCAACUACAAGGUAUAUCUAAUCACUCCUCUAAUUCUACUGAUUGGUUUUUUGUCAAAGACUUGGAGUAUCAGCUUUACAGGCAUAUAGAGAGGAGGAACUAUAUUGAUAUAGUUGGCCAUAGUUUAGACUAUUUCCAGGCUUUAUUCACUUCUGGUAAACCCAAUCCUGAUGUACCUUUCUUGGCUGAGUUUCCUUGUAGGAUCACUUCUCAGAUGAAUGCUAUUCUGAUUAAGCCCAUCACUGCUUUAGAAGUAAAAACUGCUCUUUGGGGCAUCAAUCCGACAAAAUCACCAGGAGCAGAUGGCCUGACCAAUUUUAUCUUUCAACAUUAUUGGGAUAUUUUGCAUCAAGAUAUUACCUCUUCCAUUAUUAAAUUCUUCCAAGGAGUACAUAGGCCACAGUCUGUAAAAGAUUUACGUCCAAUUAGCCUUUGUACAAUUUACUAUAAAAUUAUAUCCAAGAUUCUUACUACUCGCCUACAACACAUUUUACCUAGUAUAUUGGAUAUUUCACAAAAUGCUUUCGUCAAAGGCCGCUCUAUUGCAGACAAUAUCUUACUGAUGAAUGAAAUGUUACAUUUUCUGGGAAUUAAAAAACAAGGCAAGCAAGUCACUUAUUCUAUUCGUAUUAAUGGUGGCCUACAUGGAUACUUCAAACCUUCUAAAAGGAUCAGACAGGGGGAUCCACUUUCACCCUUAUUAUUUGUGCUAUGUGCUGAAGUAUCAAGGACUUACCAUGAACCCCCAUGCCCAACUUUAACACAUCUAUUUUUUGCCGAUGACUCCAUUUUGUUUACUUCUGCUACAAAUGGUCAAAUUUCUGUUAUUCUUGAGAUCCUUCAUCAAUAUGCAUAUUACAGUGGCCAAUUUAUCAAUUAUGCUAAAUCAACUGUUUUUUUCAGCAACAAUAUUCCUUCAGACUGGCGUUCUCAUUUUUCUUCCACUUUGGGUGUUUCUGACAAUGCCUAUGAAGGUACCUAUUUGGACUUGCCUUUAUGUAUUCUCCAUUCCAAGACACAGACUUUUGCUCCACUUCUAUCCAAGAUAUGUCUUAAAUUACAUUGCUGGAAGGAACAUUUUCUCUUUAUGAGUGGUAAAGAGAUUUUAUUAAAAGCUAUUGUGGAGGCUAUUCCUGUCUAUAGUAUGAUGUGUUUUCAGUUACCUGUUUCUUUUUUCAACCUUAAGCUCUCAGUUCUGGUGGGGUCAAGUACCUGA